AUCUCCAUGUGGGUGUGGGUGUGGCGCUCCUCCUCCUCCUCCUCCACCCCGGUCCACUCCCCCUCCCCUCUCCUCUUUAAAGCGCCGCCGCUUCUUCUUGGCAGCGGGGUAGAUAGAUUAGCUCCCGAUUCGGACAAAGAUCGCUCGCUGCUCGCUCUCGCCCCGCAUUCCAUCAAUGCGCCCGCUGAUGACGAUGAUGAUGGAUUGGCCGGCUGCUUAGGCAGCUUGGGAUGGUUUCGGGGCUCCGUUUUCUGCUGCUGCUGCUUCUUGCUCUGACGACGACGACCACAAACCGUGGCCUUGCCGAUUCGAUGUCACGGGCGCCGCCCGGAUGUCGCUGCCGGUCGCCGAGGUAGCUGGCAUCGCCGCCGCCUGCGUCGCCCUGCUCGCCGCCGUGGCCGCGCUGUGGUGCGCCGCGCGGCGCAUGGCCCGCCGCCGGGGCCGCAACUCCGACGAGACCGGCUCCUCCGAUCCUUCCACCCUGGUGGAGUGGGGCAAGGGAGGCAGGAGCUCGUCGGCGCCGGAGCACCAGGGAGCGAGGCAAUUCUCGUUGGACGAGCUGGCUCAGGCGACCAAGAGCUUCAGUGAGGCCAACCUGGUUGGCCUGGGCAGCUUCGGGCUGGUGUACAAGGGCCUCCUCCUUGACGGCUCCGUCGUCGCGAUCAAGAAGCGCAUUGGGGCGCCGAGGCAGGAAUUCGCUGAAGAGGUUAGGAAGCUUUCAGAGAUUAAUCACCGGAACAUUGUUACUCUCAUUGGUUAUUGCCAAGAAGGGGGUCUACAAAUGCUAGUGUAUGAGUACUUGCCCAAUGGCAGUGUCUCUCGCCAUCUCUAUGAUACCGGGAAAAGCUCCAUGACAAGGCUUGAGUUCAAACAAAGGCUCUCAAUAGCCAUUGGAGCAGCUAAAGGUCUCAAUCAUCUGCAUACUCUUGUGCCUCCUUUGAUUCACAAGGAUUUCAAGACAAGCAAUGUGUUGGUUGAUGAAAAUUUCAUUGCAAAGGUGGCUGAUGCUGGACUUGUUAGGUUACUUAGAGGAUACGAAGACGUCAGCCCAUCUCAUGGGUUCAGUAGUAGUGUGUACCAAGAUCCUGAGGUACAAUCGGUGCUACAGUUUUCUGAAAGCAGCGAUGUGUACAGCUUUGGAGUUUUCCUUUUGGAGUUGAUCACUGGAAGGGAAGCUGCUUGCCUGAUAUCUCCAGAUUCCAGAGAAUCUCUGGCCCAGUGGAUUGAAGGACAUUUCAGUUCAAACGAACUAAUUGACCCAAGGUUAGGUGCCAAUUUCACCUCAGAAGGUAUGAAAGAGUUUGUUGGCCUCACCUUUCAGUGCCUGACUCCAUCUUCAAGAAGAAGGCCAAAGAUGAGGUUAGUCGCGACAGAACUAGACAGAAUUCUUGAGACAGAGAUGUCUCUGACAACGAUUAUGGGUGAUGGAACCGCCAUCAUCACCCUUGGGAGCACAUUGUUUAAGUAGCGAAGAUGAAAAUUGAUUGCAUGUCUGCUAUUUGAUGACAUGAUGAUUGUCUGUAGAGUCUAACAGCUGUUGUUUCUUAGAAGUUGUACAGGCUCUGCAUUGUUGUGAUAUGCCAUGUAUGAUUUUUUUUAGGCUUAUCAUGGUUGGUAUAAUUUGGUAGGGAAAGGUGAGAAGAAACAGAGCUGUAUGUAUCUUUCUUUUUCUUCCUCCUUUUGUUGGUUGAGAGAAUUGUAUGUAAUUUCAGAUUGUUCAGUGCCCUUUUAUGUUUUAAUCUUUGAAAGGGCUAUUGAUUGAGUUCUUUGCUAAUUCAGUGUCAUAUUAAAUGAUUAA